GAUAUCUUCUCCAAUACAAACUUUUUAUAUCCUUUUGACAAACAUGAUUGUUCCCCAGAAAAUUUUUUUGUUUCAGUUUUUCACCCUUUUAUAUCUAGUCUUUACAGUUACUUUUGCUUCCACUGAGGAAGUAACUGUCCUCCUGAAAUGGAAAGCAACUUUCAAGAACAAGAAUAAUUCCUUAAUGGCUUCACGGAGACCAAGUUCUAAUGCAUGCAAGGAUUGGUAUGGAGUUAUAUGCUUUAAUGGUAGGAUAAACAUGUUAAAUAUUACAAAUGCUAGUGUCAUUGGUACGCUCUAUGAUUUUCCAUUUUCAUCUCUCCCUUUUCUUGAGUAUCUUGAUCUUAGCAUGAACAAUUUCUCCGGCACCAUCCCACUUGAAAUUGGUAAACUCACUAAUCUUGUCUAUCUUGCCGUGCACAACAAUCAGAUUUCGGGUACAAUACCACCACAAAUCGACUUGCAAACCAAGCUUCAGGUCCUCCGCCUAUUUGAAAACCAUUUAAGUGGUACCAUUCCAAGAGAAAUAGGUAACCUAAGGUCUCUUACAAAGCUAUCUUUAGGUACUAACUUUCUUAAUGGUUCUAUUCCUACUUCAUUGGGAAACUUGACCAGCUUGUGUUUUUUGUUUCUUCAUAAGAAUCAACUUUCUAGCUCCAUUCCUAAAGAAAUAGGUAACCUAAGGUCUCUUACAAAGCUAUCUUUAGAUACUAACUUUCUUAAUGGUUCUAUUCCUACUUCAUUGGGGAACUUGACCAGCUUGUGUUUUUUGUUUCUUCAUAAGAAUCAACUUUCUGGCUCCAUUCCUAAAGAAAUAGGUUACCUAAAGUCCCUUACUGAGCUACAUUUGUGGAGUAACUCUCUUAAUGGUUCUAUUCCUGCUUCCUUUGGCAAUUUGAGAAAUAUGCAAGGUCUGAUUCUCCAUAAUAACAAUCUCACUGAGGAAAUUCCUUCAUCUAUGUGCAAUUUGACAUCACUAGAACAGUUGUAUCUCGCGGGAAACAACUUGAAAGGAAAAAUUACUCAAUGUUUGGGUAAUAUCAAUGGCCUCCAACUUUUUACGAUGUCACAUAAUAAUCUUAGUGGAGAUAUUCCUUCAUCUUUUUGCAAUUUAACAUCACUACGGAUUUUAGAAUUGGGUAGAAACAAUCUUAAGGGAGCAAUUUUGGAAUGUUUUGGCAACAUGAGUGCCCUUGAGGUUUUGAGUAUACACCACAACAAUCUUUCUGGGACUCUUCCAACAACUUUUAGCAUUGGAAGUAAACUCAAAAGUAUCAACUUGCAAGAGAAUGAACUAGAGGGAAAAAUCUCUGUAUCUUUGGCCAAUUGCAAAGAGUUGCAAGUUCUUAAUUUAGGAGACAAUUACCUCGUCGACACAUUCCCGAUGUGGUUGAAUACUCUUCCGAAGCUGCAAAUUUUAAGCUUGAGAUUGAAUAAAUUGCACGGGCCUAUUAGAACUUCAAGGAAUGGAAACAUGUUUUCUGAGCUUCGAAUCAUUGAUCUCUCUUACAAUGCCUUCACAGGAAACUUACCAAUGAGUUUGCUUCAACAUUUCAAAGCCAUGAGGAAAAUUGAUCAAACAAUAAAGGCACCAACAUAUCUUACUAUAUAUGUUGGAGAAGGACGUUACCACGAUCAUUUGACAGUUGCAACCAAGGGACUGGAGCGUGAACUUGAAAAUUUUUUGACUAUUUACACUGCUAUUGAUCUUUCAAGCAACAGAUUUGAAGGACAAAUUCCAAGUAUUAUGGGAGAUCUUUUUGCGCUUCGGGUGCUGAAUUUGUCUCAUAAUGUAUUGCAAGGUCAUAUACCACCAUCACUUGGAAGUUUAUCAGUAGUCGAAUCAUUGGAUCUAUCGUUUAACCAACUUUCGGGAGAGAUACCAGAACAGCUAGCUGCUCUUACGUCUCUUGCAUUCUUAAGUCUCUCUCACAAUCAUCUCCAAGGAUGCAUCCCUCAAGGACGUCAAUUUGCUACAUUUGAGAAAAAUUCAUAUGAUGGUAAUGAUGGAUUACGUGGAUUCCCUGUUUCAAAAGGUUGUGGAAAUAUUUUGAUACCAGAGACAAAUUAUACCGAUUAUGCGGUUGAUGAUGACGAAAGCACUUCUGAAUUUCUCAAUGAAUUUUGGAAAGCUGCUCUUAUGGGUUAUGGAAGUGGACUAUGUAUUGGAUUAUCCAUAGUAUAUUUCAUGAUUUCGACUGGAAAUCUAAAAUGGCUUGCAAAAAUCAUUGAAGAGUUGGAAAACAAAAUUAUUAGGCGACGGAGAAAGAAGAAACAAAGUCAAAGGCACUACAAAAGAAGAAAUAAAAAGAAGAAAUAAUCGCAUCUAGAAGAGUAAAACAUUCAGGUAUACAGUUAAGUUCUAGUUUGAUCUUCAGUUUAUCGCAACUAUCUGUGUCUCAUUUUCAUAUUAGUUAUAUUAGCAACUAAUCAAAUGCUCUGCAAACCUUUUUUUUUUCCUUUCAAUAGAAGCAAUUACAAUGGAUUAGCUUUUUCAAAAUAUGUUUUGAGCUAGUAAAAGUUUAAAUAUAAUAUGCGACUGAGGCGGAAUGAUGUAAAAAAAAAUGCAAAUAUAUGCAAAAUUAGUUGGAACUAGUGUUUGUGCAAACCAACACAUAAUUUAAUUUUAGUGUAAAAUAAACGUCAGACUUAACUUUCUUUCUGUAAGAUAAAAGUCCGACUAUUAUUUUAUUAUUUAGUGUAAAAUAAAACAACUUAACUUUCUAUGUGUAAAGAUAAAAAUCAGACUGUAAAUAAACAAAUUCGAACAUGUAGGUGUUUGGAGGAGCAUUUGGUGGAAUACACAUUAGAGAUGCAAUAUCAGAUGUUGCAUCUUAUAAUGCUAUAUUUGAGUUUUAGUUUCUUUUAGUAUUUGUAUGUAAGCUUUUUUUACUUCCUUUUAUUAACUUGGGAAAAUGUAAUAUCAUGAAUUUUGAUGAUAUAUCAAGUUUAUGUAAGAUUCCAUGAAUGUUGUGUGUAUUUAUUGGAGAAAAUGUAAAUAAGUGAGAAGGGUAUUUUAGUCUUUACAUACUAGUUAGUUAAGUUAGUAGAUUAGUUCCUAACUAACUAUAAAUAGGACAUAUUUGUACUCAUAUCAGUUCAAGAAAAAUAUACAGAACGUUUCUUUCCUUCUUUAAUCUUAUAUCAAUUAGGGUUCUUUGGUUAUUAUCACAUAUUACUUCAUGCUAUCAGAGUAGGAUGAAUUACUGCUUCGAUUCCGCAUAACCUUCGAUUGUAAAAAUCUCAAUCGUAUUAAGGAAUUCAAUUCAAAUCAAGUUCCGAUCAAAUUAGGGAAAAUUUCAGAAUUUCUGAACAAUUUCCAUGGUGAUUACAACCGGAAUUGAACCAGUAAACACAAGUACAUUGAUAGGAUCGAUUGAAUCGCAAGCACCAGUAAUUGAAUAUAAUCAUCCACUAUAUCUUCAAUCAAUUGAUGUAAGUGGUAUCUCUAUAAUCUCUUUCCAGUUGAAAGGCAACGAGAAUUAUAUUGUGUGGAAUAAAUCAAUGAAACUAGCAUUGUUAGGAAGAAAUAAAUUACUAUUUAUGAGUGGAAAAUGCAAGAUAGAAAACUAUGUUGAAAGUUUGUGGGAUCAAUGGGAGCAUGUGAAUGCAAUUGUAUUAUCUUGGCUUAUGAAUUCAGUAGACAUUAAUCUAAUAGGUAGAAUUGUAUGUGCUACAGAUAUACAAUAUGCUACUGAUACACAAUCUCUAUGAGUUGAUUUGAAAGAAAGAUUUGAAAAGAUUGUUGACUCUAGGUCAUUCAAUAUUCAUCAAAAAAUUGCAACAUUUGCGCAAGGAACUCAAUCAGUAGCUGUGUAUUACUCAAAGUUGAAGGAACUGUGGAAUGAAUUUGAGUCUAUGGUCCCAGUUUCAAGAUGCAAGUGUGAUAAGUCUAAGGAAUUUGUUAUGUAUGUUCAAAGACAAAAGUUGUACCAAUUUCUAAUAGGAUUAAAUGAAUCUUACUCACAAGCAAGGAGUCAUAUCAUGUUGUUGAGUCCUCUACCAAGUAUUAAUCAAGCUUACUCUAUGAUAGUUAGUGAUGAGAAUAAAAGAGCAGUUCAACUAGUUAUGGGUUGUUUGGGUCAAUGCUAGUAAAUCACAAGGAAUAAGUGAAGUUGAUGCACUGGCAAUGUAUUCUAGGGCUGGAAAUCCAAACCAGAAAUUCAAAAAGAGGUAAUAUUCCAACUACAAUCCUAAUGCCUUCUGUGAUCACUGUAAACUUAAAGGACACUAUAAAGUGGAUUGCUAUAGGCUUGUGGGGUAUCCACCUGACCAUCCUAGGGCAAAUCAAAGUGAUAACUGGUUUAAGCAAGGUGAAACUAGAUUUCAGAAUAAGCAGUCUAACAAUAGGUUCAGAACAAGAUUUGGUAGAAGAGGAGGACCAACUAGCUAUAAUGCACAUGGUGUAAUUACUGAACAAUGGAAUCAAGGCAACCAUCCAGGUUUAGGAACUGACAUGAAUCAAGUGAAUGAAAUGAUGAUGCCUCACUCCUGGCUAUCACAACUACCACACAACAGGAUCAGUUAGUAAUCCUAGCAUUCAACAACAGCUAGCACAAUUUCAAAGAACUGAAGGACCAAAGCUUACACCUACUCAAUAUGCAAAAAUAUACAAGAUGAUGGAGCAAAGUCACACAGCUGCUCAAGCAUCCAACACUUCUAAUGCAACUUAUGCUGCCAAUAUGAUAGGUAACUCUAGUUCCCUGCUAGUCUCAAAUAAUUCACAAGAAUGGAUCAUUGACUCAGGUGCUACAGAUCACAUGACUUCUGAUUUAAAACUGUUAGAUAAGACUACUUUAGAAAAACCUGAAACUGAGAAAAGAGUAGUUCUACCAAAUGGUGAAGUCACACAUGUUAAACAUAAUGGAACAAGUGCCUUUUCAGGUAUAAAUAGUAUCCAUAAUGUGUUCUACAUAGCAGAGUUUUAAGUUUAAUUUAUUUUUUGUGUCCAAAUUAACUAGACAACCUAAUUGCUCAGUUAAGUUUUAUCCUAAUUUGUGUGUUUUCCAUGAUCUCUUCACUAGGAAAGUGAAGGAGAUUGGUAAAGAAGAGGAUGGUUUGUACUACCUCACAAGGUCCAAACUCAGAAUUAGAAAAGAACAAAUCACUGGGUGUAGACUGUCUUCAACUAGUAAAACUAUUAGUGAUAUUAUGACUGGUUUAUGGCAUAAGAGAAUGGGACACAUUCCUGGUAAUGUCCUACAAAAACGGUUUCCCUUAAAACUGUCUAGUAUUACUCAUCUUUUAAAUAACUGAAUAGUGUGCCCUUGUGCAAGGCAAACUAGAUUGCCAUUUCCUAAAAGUGCAACUGUUAGCACUAAAUCAUUUGAAAUUGUACAUAUUGAUGUUUCGGGACCCUAUAAGAAUGCUACUGUUGAUGGUUAUAAAUCCUUUAUAACUGUUGUAGAUGAUUUCACAAGAUUUACUUGGAUAUUUUUGUUAAGACAAAAAUAUGAUGUAUUGCUACAUAUCAAAAACUUUCUAUUGCUAAUAAAAAACUAGUAUGACAUAAGUGUCAACGUGAUUAGAACUAAUAAUGGAAUUGAGUUUGUGAAUUCUUUAUGUCAUGAUUUGUUUGCUAGUCUAGGCAUUAUUCAUCAAAAAUCAUGU